CAGCAGAGACCCAUGGCACCAUUAGUUGGUCGUCCACUACAAGCAAUACGGCAUGCAUCAAUCAUGACAGAAGCUUUUUGCUGCCUGAGCAUCCAGCUGGCCAGAGGUUACCGAUCAGUCUGCAUCCCCCCACAAAGCGGCAACUUCCGUCGGCUCCACGUUGGACACUCUGGCAUCAACGACACUCUGAUAAACCUUGACAGCGGCAUCUCGGCAUCCGUAGCGACUAGAAAGUACAAGGGACUGGUCACUGAGCAAGCAUGUCAAAAAGAGCAAUCAGGAUCGUGGGUGUCUCCGGCUUUGCUGGUGAUUCUCCCGACUUGUUCAAGAAGAAUCUACUAGCUGCCUCAAAGGAUGCGAACGGCAUAGAUGCGGUGAUUGGAGACUCGCUGGCAGAGUUCAAUCUGUCCAUCUCUGCCAUUGGGCAAUCAAUUGGCAAGCACCCAGGAUGGGAAGCCAAUUUCAUGACUGGCCUCAAAGACUCGCUGUCUCUGGUCAAUGAACUCAAGUGCAAGGUCGUCUCUGAUGGUGGUGGUCUCAAUCCCAAGGGAGCAGCCAUUGAAAUACAGUCUUGGAUUGAUGCCGCGGGCUACGAUCUGAAGGUCGCCUAUGUUGACGGGGACUUGGUGACGAAAGAAGUAUCUGAACAAAUUGCUCGCGGUGAGUCGAUCCGCCAUCUAGACGGCGACAACACCAAUGUUUCGCAUGCAAAUGCAUCGCAAAAGGCUGCUGAGACCUUGCAAGGCCGGAAAAUCAUCUCUGCCAAUUGCUACCUUGGUUCGCGUGCCAUUACUGCUGCGCUUGAAGCUGGUGCGGAUAUUGUCGUCUGCGGUCGUGUGGCAGAUGCAUCGCCAGUGAUGGGACUAGCUGCUUGGUGGCAUGGCUGGGAGGAAGACAACUACGACGCGUACGGCGGUGCCCUCGUUGCAGGACAUCUGAUUGAAUGCAGUGGUUACUCAACAGGUGGCAACUUUUCUGGCUUUGAGCGAUACAGUUUCGAAAGAGAUCUCACUGAUAUUGGCAUGCCGAUAGCUGAAGUUGCUCAUGACGGCACAUGUGUCAUCACCAAACCAGAAAGUCUCCCUGGCUUGGUGAAUGUGGAAACCAUCAAGGCACACUUCCUCUACGAGCUUCAAGGCACAAAAUAUCUUAAUUCAGAUGUUGCUGCUCGUUGUCGGGACAUCGCCAUGUCUCAGCAAGGACCCAGUCGCGUUUUAGUCACUGGCGUCAAGGGCAUGGCACCUCCGGCCACCACCAAGUGUGCCAUCUUUUGGAUUGACGGCUACCAAGUGGAGUACAUGAUUGGUGUGACGGGAAGCAACUACCGUGCAAAGGCUGCUCUUUUCAAACAACAAACCGAGUUCCGCCUCAAGAAGCUUGGCAUCCUCGACAAGCUGAGUAUGCAUGAAGUACAAGAAUAUGGUAUCCCAGAGCCUAACGCUUCAUCACAAUUCCGAGGGACAAGCUUUAUUCGGUGCUUCGUUCAAGCGCCUUCUGCUGAGCUUGUUUCAGCAGUCAUGGCGAGCCAUGCAUCUAUUGGUCUUGAGCACUUUAGCGGUUACCACAGCACUAUCAUGACAAAUCCUGCACAAGGUGUGCCGCGUAUCUAUUUGGGCUACUAUCCUGGACUCUGGGACCUCUCGAAGCUAGAUGUAGGCUUUACAUUAAUUGGAAAGGGUGGUCUGGCUGGUAUACGAACUCGUAUUGAUCGUGUUAAAGGCACAUCGCCACUCAAGGACAUUUACGAAAUUGAUAGCGAUACGACAACCAGUCUUGUCGAGGAGACUGCAUCGGUGUCUGGUAGCGACACGAUCACAACGGAACUUGGCAAUCUCGUGCUUGCGCGAUCAGGCGACAAGGGUGGCAAUAUCAAUAUUGGUCUCUACCCACUUAGUCCUCUCAACAGCUCCGGCGUACCUUCUCAAAUCCCUGUUCCAGAGAUUUACGAAUGGCUCGUUUCGUACUUGACGUGCGAUGUUAUGAAGAAUCUUCUUGGCGAUGACUUCAAACCCUCCAUGUCAAUCGAGCGCGAUCUCUUCCCACAGCUCAAGGCGGUGCAUUUUGUCAUCUAUGGGAUUCUGGGCCGUGGCGUGACGAGCACGUCUGUUUUGGAUAGCCUGGGCAAGGGUUUCGCUGACUGGAUCCGGAGUCGCUACGUCCAGGCGCCAAGGGGCUUGCUUGAGCUCGUUAAGCAGCCAGUCAAGUCGUCCUUGUAGAGGCUAGGCUGUGUCAUCUGAAAAUUUGCCACCCCUGACGCCUUGCUGCAGAAGGACAUUCAAGCGAUCACCGCGUUGACUAUUGAAAUGUUGAGUGGGACUGUAUUCGAAAGAGCAUCCAUACCUGCAAUGCGAGGUCAGAUUUGUGGUU